UAUGAGCCGCAUAUCUUUUCAUAACCUUAUCUCUCUCGUCUCUCUUCUAUCCCCUCCUAACCCGAUACCAGAUCCCAUAUCAUGUUCGGUGAUUUUCUUUAACACGAAGAUGAUUAAGCCCCGUAACGGUAGAAUGACCGUCUUCUAGCAACAAGUUUUUUUGACAAGUUUCAGUGUCUCAGAACACGGCCGUUUUCUCCCUUACUAGUCUUGUCUCAGCUGGAUCUAUCCUCUUGUCUCUGUUCAAAGAAAGGUACACGAACUGCUGUCAUGUUCCUUCGCUUCUUUUUCGUUUACCCUGAGAUAUUAACCGAUGGAUCUUUGAUACGGAUUUAGGCUCAUUUCUGGUUUAUAAUUUAUUUAUCUCCUGCGGUUUUAAUAGGUUUUUUUGGUCUAAAUUCAGGAUUUAAAAAAUUUAAUAGGAUUCGAAGCUUCAUUUAGAGAAUUCAUUCAAAAUAUAAAUUCAGGAUCUUAUCGAUCAAUUCGAGAAUUUGUUCGAUUUUUUAACAAAUAUAUAAAGGCUAUAAUUCUCCGGAAUUUAUUCUUUUGACAUAUUUCUAAUUCGAACGUGUUAUAUUCAUAUACUAUGUUUCUUGCAUGGCCCAUUUACAAAGAAACAAGGUCCAUUCGCUAGGUCUGAUUCUCAUCACGUAGAAAUGGCCCAAAUUAUUGUCUUCGGAUCAGCUUGACUGUUUCGACUGAUACACCAAGUUACUGAAUCACCCUCGGUAAUUUGAGUGCCUGAUGUCCCUCUCAAGGGGUAGAAUCGAAGUUUGGUAUCGCAAGGGGGUUUUCUGGAGACGUAAAACCCUAAACUUUCUCUCGUUCGGGAAUGCUAUAAAAUGCCCAACAUUUCAACGUCAGUCAACUCAACAGCAGCCCUAAAAAAAAUUAUCAACAGUGUCUAGAUGGAUUCGUUAAACACAAUGUCUGAUUCUCCCGUCAAUGACUUCCCCGGCCUUUACGCCACGGCUGAGACAGGUCUGUUCUGGGACAAGGAUGAAUGCGAGAUCACUAAUGCAUCCAGAGCUGCUCAGGUUUUGAAGAACAUGAGAAAAGCCCUUGUCGGUGGUGGUCAUAUUGGUCCAGCCACAUUCCACGCUUAUGGUGAUAUGACCGGUCUUGACUUCCAAUCAACCGACAUCAAGCUCAAUCAUUUUCCCGCAGGAGAGAAGAAUGCGAGACACACCAAAAUGUUGGAGGACAUUGUGGCUUGGGCAGCGGAGCAUCCUGAGCCAUCGACGCUGAUGCUAGUGAUGAGUGACGUCUCACGAGACUUUCUCGAUGUUGUUGAUGUUUUGACUACCAAGAAGAAUUACAGGUUCAUUUCAGUGCUUCCAGAUCCACCACGACCACCACCAAGGCCAAUGAUGCUGCUUAUAGUGCCCAAUGAUUCUUGAUUCUCAGCUGAUUCCAGUGGCUAGUAGGACCUCUAAUCUAAUAAGUGUUGUAGACCACAUUCAGGGGAAAAAUUAAGUAGAGUUGUAUUUUUUUCUUGGUUGCAACUUGUAAGAAAUGUUGGAUCGUCCUCUCUAAUGGAACUUUAUUAGAUGCUUAAUUAAAUAAUCUACUUUAACA